AUGCCGGGAGCUGAAGUCCACGUGGACCAGGAAGUGACCGAGGAUAUUGCUGCGCGGAAAGCGAAGAUUCACAACGGCCCUCCGCACAGCUCCAACUUCGGGUACGCUUACGCCAAAAGGAUGAUCGAUGUGCAGAACAGGGCCUACUUCGAACAGCAUGGAUGCCACUUCACUGCCGCCAUCCCGACGAACAUCUUUGGGCCUCACGACAACUUCAGCAUCGAGAAUGGACACGUCCUGCCGGGCCUGAUCCACAAAGUGUACCUGGCCAAGAAGAACGGCACUGACGUCACCGUCUGGGGGACGGGAAAGCCUCGGAGGCAGUUCAUUUACUCUCUGGACCUGGCUCGGUUGUUCGUGUGGGUCUUAAGGGAGUACAGUGAAAUAGAACCCAUCAUCCUGUCAGUGGGAGAAGAAGAGGAGGUGUCCAUCGGAGAAGCCGCUCAAUGCAUCGCGAAGGCCAUGGAUUUCAAGGGGCAGCUUCUGUUUGACGAAUCCAAAUCAGAUGGUCAGUUCAAGAAAACGGCCAGCAACGUCAAGCUGAGGAGAUAUCUGCCCGACUUCCAGUUCACGCCAUUCAAUCAAGCCGUGAAGAAAAUGUGCGACUGGUUCUGCGCCAACUACGACACCGUCCGGAAAUGACGAACGGGCACCGCGAUGGCUGUGCGCUAAGUAGGGGCGGCUGCGCCCUAAGUAGGGGCGGCUGAAUCCUAAGUAGGGGCGGCUACGCCCUUGUCUCAAUCUCAGGUAGCUUUUUUGGUGGAGGAGGGAAAAAAAAGGAAAAUAAAAGAAG